UAGAAAAACACUGUGAAAUACAUGUUAGUCAGCAAGGCCAAACAGGAGAUAAACGAUAUAAAUGUGAUGUUUGUAGUAAAUCUUUCACUGCCAAUGAUACUCUACAGACCCACAUGAGAAUUCAUACUGGUGAAAAACCUUAUAAAUGUGAUGUUUGUAGUAAAUCAUUUACUCAGACUGGUCAUUUGCAGAACCAUAUUCGAAUUCACGCUGGAGAAAAACCUUAUAAAUGUGAUGUUUGUGGUAAAUCAUUUAGUCAGAAAGGAACUCUACAGACACAUAUGAGAAUACAUACUGGUGAAAAACCUUAUAAAUGUGAUGUUUGUAGUAAAUCAUUUACUACUAGUAGUCAGCUACAGAAGCACAUCAGAAUUCAUACUGGUGAAAAACCAUAUAAAUGUGAUGUUUGUAGUAAAUCAUUUACUCAGCGUGGAACUCUACAGAGACACAUGAGAAUUCAUACAGGUGAAAAACCUUUUAAAUGUGAUAUUUGUAAUAAAUCAUUUACUAAUAGUAAUCUACAGCAUCAUACCAGAACUCAUACAGGUGAAAAACCUUAUAAAUGUGAUAUUUGUAGUAAAUCAUUUACUGAUAGUAGUACUCUACAGACACACAUAAGAAUUCAUACAGGUGAAAAAACUUUUAAAUGUGAUGUUUGUAGUAAAUCAUUCACCACUAAUGGUAAUCUACAGUCACACAUAAGAAUUCAUACUAGAGAAAAAAACGUUUAAAUGUGAUGUCUGUAGUAAAUCAUUUUCGGACAGCAGUAUUCUGCAGAAACACAUUAGAAUUCAUACUGGGGAAAAAAAUCUUUUAGAUGUGAUGUUUGUUAAAUUAAAAAAGAGUAAUCAAUAAAAUGUAAAUGAAAUGAAAUGUGGUUUUACAUCCUACUGUUUAAAACCUUGAACUAAAAUAAAAAAGAGUAAUCAAUAAAAUGAAA